AUGUCCGUCGUACCCAUGGAUGCAGGCAAAGGCCUGACCGACCCAGCACAAAUCGCAGCGGCAGCAGCAGCCCAGCAGAAGUUCUUCGUCGUCCAAUUCGGCGUCCCAAUCCUCAUCGCGACGACUCUCUCCUGCUUCUUCGCCGGCCUCGUCCUCUCGACCAUCUUCACCUACUUCUCACGGUACGGCAAGAGCGAUCGCUGGGCGUUCCGCAUACUCGUCGGCUACUUCCUCCUCGCGCUGCUAGGCGACACAGGGACGCAGAUCGCCUGGUGCUACGGCUACACCAUCACGAGCCAGCUCGAUCCCGCCAGCGUUCUAUUGAUGCCGAAAUGCUUCGCCGCGUACACCGUCCUGACCGCCAUCACCGUCUUUUCAGCGCAAAUCUUCUUCAACUGGCGCAUCUGGGUCAUCUCGGGUCGCACGCAGUGGCCGCUGUGCGGCUCAAUUUGCUUCAUCCAAGUUGGUUCCCUCGCGUGCGGUUGCUACAUGCUUUACGAGAUGUCGGUGAAGAAGCAGUUUUCUGAGUUUGGCCAGGUCCGACAAGCGCCGUGGGCAUGGCUCGGAGCAGGACUCUUCACAGACGUACUCAUCACCGCCGGCAUGACCUACUACCUGCUCAUCGCGCCCCGCCUCAAUGGCACCAACGCUCGCCAGCACCAAGUCGUCGAGUCUCCGCUCCGCCGCCUCGCCAUCCAGUCCUUCCAGACCAACUUCCUCUCGCUAUGCAUCCAGACAACCUCGCUCGUCCUCAUAAUUAUGAAGAUCACCACUUUCCACUACUCCAUCUCCGGCUUCCAGGAGGCCAAGAUCUACAUCGCAUCGGUCGUCAUCUCCCUCAACGCACGCCACUCGACAAGCGACCGCUCGGCGCACUUCUCCGAAUCCAACCCGACCGCAUCAGGCCGCUCGAAAGGCUUCGGCUCGCGUUUCAACCGCUCAUCGAUCGGCACCGGUAUCGCCUCACAGCCGCAGCAGCAGUCGGUGCACGUGCAUGUCGAGCGGGAACAGCAGGUCGAGGUUGGCGAGACGGAGAGGCCCUAUACGGUCAAGUUCGACCGCGCCGACAGCGAUUGGAGCUCGGCGGAGAAGGGCGACGUCGAGCUUGGUCGGUUGGAGGACGUCAGCAUCAACGAGAAGAUCUGA